AUGGAUGACGAAGCACGGUCAAAGGGAGUCGGCGUGUUGGUGCAUUGUUUGGCAGGCGUUUCCCGGUCCGUCACGUUCACCCUGGCCUACCUCAUGUUCAAGCUCCACCUGAGCCUCAACGACGCCUUCGACUUUGUCCGUCGUCGCAAGGGCAACAUCGCACCCAACUUCACCUUCCUCGGCCAACUGCUCGAGUUUGAGCGUCAACAACUGCCCGCACUUCGGGCACGUCACCGAGAACUGCUCGACGAUCACCCAGAGUCAUCCAGUUUGGACUCGACAGCGACGAUGUCGAAGGCUGUGGGAGGGGGAGGAGGAGGAAAUACUUCACUUUUCUCCCAGUAA